GUAAAUCAUUCGUAAUAGCAGUGAAUCCGGAUGCUCCCUCUUCAUCUCUCUGAGAUCCAGAUAAGCCAGCAGGAGAUUUCUGAUAUCGCAGAUGCUGUAAAACGAAAUACAACCGAAAUUCCACAAAAAGGGAGUACACGAUCGAAUCAGUCCCGAAGAGAGAAACUAAUUGGAAUCCACCCCUGCUGA